AUGUCCCUAGGAGCAGAGCCGGCACACGGUAAGGGCAGAGAUGAGGAACUGAUUGAGACAGUUCAUCCUGCCCCUUAUCAAGGUCAUACGCAACAUAGCGAGACAAAGAAAGAUGACGCCCUUCAGCUCAUUGAGCAAGUGGGCCACUCGACAGUCCUCACCGCAGAGAAUAACGCACGGGUUCUGCGACAGAUCGACUUGAGGCUGUUGCCUAUCCUCUUGGGCAUCUAUUUCCUGCAACAGCUCGACAAGUCGACCCUCUCGUAUGCCUCAGUUUUCGGUUUGAUCGAGAAAGCCCAUCUCCAUGGCAAACAAUACUCUUGGUUAGGCUCGGUGGUCUAUGUCGCGCAGCUCGUUGCUCAGCCCCUUAUCGCCUACAUCUUGGUGAAGGUCCCCCUGGGGAAAUUCUUAGCCGCCACCACUCUUUUGUGGGGUGUCUCGUUGACAUGCAUGACGGCGGCGAACACCUUCCCAGGCCUGCUGGUCUGUCGGAUGUUCCUUGGUCUGUUUGAGGCCGGAGUUGCUCCCGCUUUCAUCGCCGUUACGCAGAUGUGGUAUCGUCGGCUCGAGCAGCCUGUUCGACUGGGCUCAUGGUACGCCAUGAAUGGUGUGGUGUUUAUGUUUGGUAGUCUUAUAACUUGGGGCCUUGGACAUAUCGCGUCGUCGGUCUUCGAACCCUACCAGAUUAUCUUCCUCUUUUUCGGUCUCAUUACCGUCGUGUUCUCCGUGGUAGUUCUGCUUUAUAUGCCAGACUCGCCCAUUCGUGCUAAAUUUCUUAACGAGGAAGACAAACUGAUCGCUAUUGAAAGACUUCGCAUGAACCAGCAAGGAAUCGAGACUCACCACUGGAACUGGGACCAUGUGAAAGAGACCUGCUUGGAUCUGAAGUCAUGGGUUUGGUUUGCUCUGAUGUUUUCCAUCUCCGGCGGCAUAUCCACCUUCGGCCCUCUUAUUAUCAAGGCCUUUGGAUUUGAUCAGUUCAAGACCAUUCUUUUCAACAUUCCGUUCGGUGCAGUACAGCUUGUGGCCACUAUGGGUGGAGCGUGGCUGGCAACCUUCAUCAAAAUGAAGGGGCCUAUAGUCAUUCUCUUGUGUCUACCGCCAAUUGCUGGCUGCGUAAUGCUACUGCAAAUUGCGCACGAUGCGGAACAUCGGGGCGCUCUGCUUGCUGGAUAUUACAUUCCAGCUUUCCGUCUACCCUGGCAUCACACCUAUGGUCUACUCCUGGUCUGCUGCGAACACUGCCGCGCCGCUUUACAGACGUGGUCUGCUCUCCAACCUCGCCAUGUUCUGCGUACUGGUUCUUCUCUGCAUGUAAGUUAUCUUCUUCUCCUUUGCGGCACUCAAGCUCUAACCCUCACGUUUAGUAUCAACCUGGUGUACCUCUGGUUUCUCAACAAGAAGCACUCCCAGAAGCGAGUUUCAAUGGGCAAGAAUGCGACAAUCAUUGAUCACUCGAUGUACGCUGUUGGUGAUGGUCCAGUAGACAAGGAGGGUGUGCCUAUCCAGCAGGCUGCCACGGAAGACAAUGCGUUCAAGGACCUUACGGAUUGGCAAAACGAGGACUUUGUCUAUGUAUUCUGA